AUGAGCAGGACGGGGGGGGGUCAGGGAGAGAGGGGGGGGGGGGGGGGGGGGGGGGGGGGGUCUGUCCUGGGACCAGCACGCUCCACAAACCAAUGCACAUGCCCCAUCUUGCCUCGCUGUUCGGACACAUGUGACACCUGCCUCCCCUCAUCACCCUCUCGUCCUGGGGCCCCGCCGGUGCAGGAGUGGGGGCCCCCGGGAGACCACAGCUCCGGAGCGGACCUGUCACAGCCGCCGUGA